GCCGAGCGCGUGCGCGCCGCGACAGCAUGGCCACGCCGGCUAAGCGCCGGGCCCAGCCGCAGCCGCAGCCCCCCGCCGCGGAAAGCGGCUCGGACUCGGAGUCGGAGCCGGAGUCGGACUCUGAGGAGGAAGAGGAGGAGGGGAUCGAUGAGGAAGUGAACAUUGAAUUUGAAGCACAUUCCAUAUCAGACAAUGACUAUAAUGGAAUAAAGAAAUUACUACAACAGUUGUUCCUAAAAGCUCCUGUUAACACUGCUGAAUUAACUGAUAUAUUAAUACAACAGAAUCAUAUUGGAAGUAUUAUCAAGCAAGCAGAAGUCCCAGAGGAGAGUGACAAUGAUGAAGACGAUGAUGAUGAAGUCUUUGGUUUUAUAAGCUGCUUAAAUUUAACAGAAAGGAAGGGUACACCGUGUGCUGAACAAAUCAAAGAGCUGAUUCUGAGUCGGUGUGAGAAGAGCUGUGAGCAGUGUGUUGUUGAACAACUGAAUAAGCUCCUAAAUGACAGUACUAAGCCCGUGGGUCUUAUACUGAGUGAAAGAUUCAUUAAUGUCCCACCACAGAUUGCUCUGCCCAUGCACCAACAGCUGCAGAAAGAAUUGACUGAGGCACAGAGAACGAACAAACCUUGUGGGAAGUGCCACUACUAUCUUCUUAUCAGCAAGACCUUUACAGAAGCCACAAAGAGCAGCUCUAAGAAGAGGGAAGGGAGAAAUCAGCAGAAAGAGGAAUUGAUGUUUGCAAAUGCAGAGGAAGAAUUCUUUUAUGAGAAAGCCCUUCUGAAGUUCAGCUACUCUGUGCAAGAGGAAAGUGACACUUGUUUGGGCGGCAGAUGGUCCUUUGAUGAUGUACCAAUGAAACCUUGGCGGACUGUUAUGAUAGUUCCAGCUGAUAGAAUUAAUGUAAUUAUGGAUAAACUCAAAGACUAUCUCUCACUCUGAACUCUCCUAUAAAGACCAUUUUAGAAAGCAGCCAUGCAGAACUAUGGCUUCACAAUAUUUUCAGAAGAGCUAAUGGUUUUGUACUGCUCAGAUGCUUCUUCUUGUGGCAGGUGGUACCAGUAAAAAUGUCCAUCAAGUUAAUAGUUUUAAAUACUGUGUCUUACACUUUGGUAUCAUCAACAACUAGACAAUAAAAACCCAGUGUUACAAGAAAACUUCAAAACCUGUUCAAUACAUUUUUAACCAAACCUGUGUAUUUUUGUUACUAAAUAAUGUGUGCAACUCCCUUUCCUUAAGAAGAGUGGUUUUUCAGUAUGUUUGUGUCUCAGUUUGAGCUCAGUGCAAUGAUUUGACUCCUCAGCUCAGCCUCUGCUCAGUUGCUGCACUUUCUGAAGUUCAGGGUGUGUUUUUGCAAACAGUGACUGCUUCUAGCAGUGAGAAUGCUGGUGGUCAAAAUUACUGCCAAGGGCUGGGGUGCAGAUCAGAAUCACUGCUGAAUCUUGUGUGCCAUGCUGGGGCGCAGUAAGAGGUGUCAUCUGCAGGGAGGAGAGGACAGGCCAGGUGACCCAAAACUGACCAACAAGGGAUUCCAUCUCACAGACUUCAACUACUGGAGAAGGCUGGGGGAUCACCAGGAUCAAGCCUCU